CCACUUUCCAGCUCCUUCUUCUCCUGGUGUUGGUCCCCCAGUGUGUUUUUUCUUGCGGCCGCCAGGAACGACCUCAGGGACAGCAGUUGGCGCGAGCUCACCUGUCGGAUGUCGCCGGCCCUGCAGGCCGACGUGGCCUGCGAGCUGCACAGGGCGUGGCUCCGGCGCAUCCCGUACCUGGCAGGAGCCUCGAAGAUAUUCAUCCUUCACCUGGCGCCCAAGAUUCACCGGGAGACGUUCGCACAAAACGAGCUCUUCGGGGAGAACUUUACGCUUUACGUCCUCCAGCAGGGCGUCUGCGGGAUGGGCACGAACAACGCAGUGCAGGCGCCAUGA